GCAGGCGCAGGCGCAGGCGCACGCGGGGAGGCGGCGGCCACGGCACGCCGAGUCCUCUGCCCGGCGACUGAGGACUUGGGUUGGUGAAGACUCGAGGCGGGCGUGCGCGCGCGCGCUCGGCCUCUCCCACUGCUGCUUAGGCCCCCUCCUUAACUCGCGUUCGUCUGGGGCGCUCUUUUCUCUGGGUUUCCUCGCGCGCUGGGCCCGCCGCCGCGCCGAGGUAUGAAGAACAGUGAUUAUUAUACAGUUGGAAAGAAAGGCAAAGAAAAUGCUUUUUGUUCUGGAUUGGGCAACUGAACAGAAACUGCAAUUUUAGGAUGAAGAAGGGAAGAGGAAGAACAAGCCGGAUCAGAAGACGGAAACUCUUCAGAAGUUCUGUAUCAAGAGGAGGCCUUUACAGCUGUAAAUUUCCCUUCUUCAUAGUUCUGGAGGCUAGAAGUCCAAAAUCAAGGUGUCAGCAGGAUUGGUUUCUUCCCAGGGCUGUGACGAAAACAUCUGUUCCAGUGAAUGAGAGCUAUAAGCCUGAAUUUAUAGAGCUUAAGAAGUGGCUGAAAGACAGGAAGUUUGAAGAUACAAACUUAAUACCUGCUUGUUUUCCAGGUACAGGAAGAGGGCUGAUGAGCAAAACAUCCCUGCAGGAGGGACAGAUGAUUAUUUCGUUGCCUGAGAGUUGCCUGCUCACCACGGACACAGUGAUUAGAAGCUACUUAGGGGCGUACAUUGCUAAGUGGCAGCCUCCUCCAUCUCCUCUGCUGGCUCUGUGCACCUUUUUAGUUUCAGAAAAGCAUGCUGGGGACCAGUCUCUCUGGAAGCCUUACCUGGAGAUUUUACCGAAGGCCUACACCUGCCCUGUAUGUUUGGAACCAGAAGUGGUGAACCUGUUGCCCAAACCUUUGAAGGCAAAGGCUGAAGAGCAGAGAGCCCGCGUGCAGGAGUUCUUUUCUUCCUCCAGAGACUUUGUCUCUUCCCUGCAGCCUCUGUUUUCUGAGGCUGUUGAGAGCAUCUUUAGCUACAGUGCCCUCCUGUGGGCUUGGUGCACGGUCAACACCAGGGCUGUGUACGUGGAGCACAGGCAGAGGCAAUGCUUGUCCGCAGAGCCGAACACCUGCGCGCUCGCCCCGUACCUGGAUCUGCUCAAUCAUAGCCCACAUGUCCAGGUAAAAGCAGCAUUUAAUGAGGAAACUCACUGUUACGAAAUUAGAACGGCUUCAGGCUGCAGGAAACAUGAACAGGUGUUCAUCUGCUAUGGCCCUCAUGAUAACCAGCGGCUGCUCCUGGAAUACGGAUUCAUUUCCGUCCAGAAUCCUCACGCUUGUGUUCAUGUCUCAGAAGAUAUACUUGUUAAAUACCUUCCAUCAACAGAUAAACAGAUGAACAAGAAGAUUUCCAUUUUGAAGGAUCAUGAUUUUAUAGAAAAUUUGACAUUUGGAUGGGAUGGACCAUCUUGGAGGUUACUCACAGCUCUUAAGUUGUUAUGUCUGGAAGCCGAAGAAUUUACAUGCUGGAAAAAAAUACUUCUUGGGGAAAUCAUUUCAGAUACAAAUGAGAAGAGAAGUUUGGUCAUAGCCCAGAAAAUAUGCCAGUAUUUCAUAGAGGAGACCAAUGCUAUGCUGCUAAAGAUUUCUCAUAUGAAAGAUGAAGAAGUGGCUUUGAUAAACCAACUAACUUUGGUAGAAACACUGUGGACAGAAGAGCUAAAGAUUCUGCAGGCCUCUGCUGAGAUUCUAAACCGUUUGCAAACACCUUUUAGGGCGGGCUCUGUGGAUUCCGGAGCUGUAAGUGAAGAUGGAUGUGCCAUCCUCACAGUGCCUCUGAUGUUCUCAAAACAGACCACAGUCCUGCAGGAAGAAGUAGGAGGAAGGCACUGCACGAACCGGCUGGGAAGAAGGGAUGUUUCCUCCUCAGCCCUCACUAGUCCUUGGCGUCAGGGGAUCCCUGGAUGAAUCUUGCAGGGGGAGGAGUCUUGGGUGGACCACCAGGCUGGACUGGAGCCGGACUGGCCACACACAGUGCAGGGGCUACCCCAGUCCGACAUUGGUGCCCAGAGUCCGGUGUUCCCUCCCAGGUUUGCAUUCUUCCCCGGUGCUGGAAUUCCUGCCCUUGUGGAAUACAACCCAAACAAACAAAUGGGGCCCGCUCACUUCAGUAGGCAGUCAGAGGAUCUGGACAUCUUCCCUGUUCAUACGUAUGGUUGACGUUGACUUUAUUUUUAAAUAGUUGCAGUGUGUUUCAGGAUAUGCUAUACCAGGGGUCUGCAAACUUUCAAGGGUCAGGUAGUAAUUACGCUUUCUGAGCCAUAUGGUCUUUGUCCCAGCUGUAUGGUACAACAUAUAGACAGUAUGCAAACAGGUUGCAUGGCUGUGUUCCAGUAAGACUAUUUACAAGACAGGUCAUGGGCCAUGGUUUGCUGACCCCUGUGCUCUACCAUACGUAUUUUUUCUGUCCCCACUUGUGGGCAUUUAGGACCUAAUUAUCCUAAUACAUAUAUAUAAAAUACAUAGUACAUGGCUCCUACUUGAAGGUGCCUUAUACCUUCCGGAAAUAAAGCCCCCCUCUUAACAUGAAAAACUUCACAGACUUGUGUGGUAAUAGUUGUGCUUUAGUUGUCCAGUGCUUAGAAAAAAAAUAGAUAAUAAGUCAUUACACAUUUACGAACGAAAGGUGUUUCCUCACCCACACCGGAUCUAUGUGUAUUUGAAAAAACAUCAGAGAGAGACUUCCAUUUGUAGACGCUGCUUGCGAGAAAUCUGUGGCUCUCGUAAGGCAGUCUGGCCCACAGGGUAACCCACUGUUGACAGUGACAGCGCGGCCUCCUUUGGCUUAUCCUUGCAAAAUCAUCACGAGGGCCAGCAAAACCAUCUCUGCCAAAACAGGAGGGGCAGCCUGUGCUGAUCUUUCCCCAGCAGCACCGUUUUCCCCCUUCUUCAGUGUCCCACGCCCUCCUCCCCCAGCACCAUUUCCAUCUUCCUCCUUUUCUGUUUUCUCCUCACUAGUGCCUUGGGCAUGGCUGAGGUUCCUCACACACCUGCCCCUUGCUGCUAUCUGGUUACAGAGUUUGAGGGUGGUAAGCCUCCCGCAGCGAGGGCUGACUUGGCCUGAGGGGACAGACACCAAGGAGUUAAGGGCUAUUUGAA